AUGCCGGACACAAACAAUUCGUACUCUUCCAAUGGGUGUGCCAAAGGCAAUGGAUUUGAGGAUGUUGAAGUCCAUAAUCAAUUUGAUCCAGCUGGAUUGCAACGAUGCGUCCAAGAAUCAGAUGGCCAAGAGGCGAUCGCGAUCGUUGGACUGUCUAUCAACUUUCCUCAGAAUCUAAAAUCCCUCGACUCAUUAUGGGACACUUUGCUGAAAAGGAAAUCCGCUAUGACAGAAAUUCCCCAGAGCAGAUUAAAUGUAGAUAAUUUUUAUGAUCCUGACACGACAAAACUAAAUGGGUUUCCACUUCGAGGUGGCCAUUUCCUGGAAGGCGAUAUUUCCGCAUUUGACGCUCCAUUUUUCUCAAUAUCGCCAGCUGAGGCAUCAGAGAUGGACCCGCUUCAGCGAGGUCUGCUUGAAUGUUCAUACAGAGCACUUGAAAAUGCUGGAAUCCCCUUGGAAAACGCCGCCGGUACCAAUACAGCGGUCUACGUCGGAAGUUUUUCCGACGACUAUAAGGCUCUUUUUCACAAGGAUCCUGAGUCGGCCGGACAAUACUCUGGCAGUGGUGUUGCUCCCAAUAUGAAUGCUAAUAGAAUCAGCUGGGCAUUAAAUCUCACCGGUACAAGUUUCAACCUAGAUACCGCAUGUUCCAGCAGCUUAGUCGCGCUCCAUCUCGCCUGCCGUGGAUUGAUCGCACACGACAGCAAAAUGGCUCUAGUUGGCGGUGGUAGCUUGAUUUUUAAUCCGGACAUGAUUAUCGCGUUGAGCAAUCAAAACUUUCUUUCACCGAGUAGUAGGUGCUUCUCGUUCGACCAUCGCGCCAAUGGAUACUCGCGCGGCGAGGGAUUUGGGAUGCUAGUGCUCAAGCGUUUAAGUGAUGCUCUCAAAGACAAUGAUAAUAUCAGAGCGGUGAUUCGAGGGACUGGGUCAAAUCAGGAUGGCAGAACGCCAGGUAUAACUCAGCCAAGUCAACGGGCGCAAGAGCAAUUGAUAAGAGAUACCUAUCGAGGAGCAGGUCUCACUCCGGACUUGACGAGAUACGUCGAAGCCCACGGCACGGGGACGCCUGUAGGCGAUCCCAUCGAAGCUGGCGCUCUUGGCGCUGUUUUCAAAGAAUAUCGAAGCGAACAUGAGCCACUGUUCAUUGGGUCCAUUAAAGCUAAUGUCGGUCACUUAGAAGGUGCCAGUGGUAUCGCUGGUGUCAUCAAGAGUAUCCUGAUCCUCGAAAAAGGCAUUAUUCCUCCUAAUGCUGGGUUCGAACGCGUCAAUCCAAAUAUCGACGAAAAGGGGUUGAAUCUAAAGUUUCCGAUACACCCUACUCCCUGGCCAUCUGUAGGAUUGCGGCGAAUCUCAGUCAAUUCUUUCGGAUUUGGUGGAACAAACGCACACGUGAUCUUGGACGAUGCGUACCAUUAUCUUCUAAGUCACAGUCUCACUGGUAACCAUAGCACUUGUAGAGAUGCUCUCACCGAAAGAGAAGCUUCAAAAGAUGAGAACUUAUCACGGGAUGAGGUUGAUUCGACCGUCCAGUCCAGCAAUGUCGAACCUACAGCGGAGUCUUUCACCGCAGCCGUUACCUGUGAGAGCGACGCAGCUCGCGUGACGAAGGACGACAUAUUGACGUUCAGCUCGAAUGAAAGGGAUGAGCUAGUUAACAAUAAUGGUCAUGACUGGACAAAAAAUACUGAACAAAUGUCUGAUUCGGACAGCUCCAGCGCCACAGCCGUCAGCCAGGAGUUGGCCGUUAAAGAUCCUUCCUUAUGCUCAGAAGACUUCAUAGAAAUAAAGAAGUCAGUAUCUCGGUCAGAUUGCCAGUCACUGGCCAGCGAUGACUGCGCUAUUUCAGAGCAGAUCCGUAAGGAAAAUGAUCCCCUCGAAAGCACAACAUAUACUGCAAUCCAGGGAGGCGAAAGUUCUCAUCCUCUCAUUCUCAUCUUUUCUGCUUCCGACGAGCCUGGCAUAACCCGAUUGGCAACGCUAUACACUGAACAUUUGGAAUCUCUGAUGUCCGAAUCCAGCGGCCAUACUCGUAACUAUCUUGCGCGCCUAGCCUACACUCUAAACCAUCGACGAAGCUCACUGAUAUGGCGAUCUUUUACAAGAUUGACUACAAUCGCCGAUAUCUCCCGUCCAGGUAAGCUGAGCGUUUCUAAACCUAUGCGGGUGCAGAGUGGCCAAAAGUUGGUGUUCGUCUUUACGGGGCAGGGCGCACAAUGGUAUGCAAUGGGACGAGAAUUGAUGCAGUAUUCUGUGUUCCGAGAGAGUCUGGCUCUGAUGGACGGUCAUUUGCAAGAGUUUGGCGUAUGGUGGUCUUUAUUGGAGGAGCUCAAACGAGACGACAAGAGCACAAAUGUCAACAAACCGGCAUUUAGCCAGCCUCUAUGUACAGCCAUCCAGAUUGCAGUACUCGAUCUUCUCCAUAGCUUUGGCAUCAAGCCUGAUCUUAUAGUCGGCCAUUCAUCCGGAGAAAUCGCAGCAGCAUACUGCUUGGGAGCGCUCGAUCGGGAAUCGGCAAUUAAAGUUUCCUUCCACAGAGGUGCCCUCACUGAGCGCUUGGCUCACGAGCACCCAGUAGCACUCACUAUGCUUGCUGUCGCUUUGUCUGAACGUGAUAUCGAGCAUUACUUUCUUCAAGUGAAAGAUCGACAUGGAGAAAUUCAUAUAUUCGUUGGGUGUAUCAACAGUCCACAGAGCUUAACAAUCACUGGCGAAGAAAUUCAGAUUCUUUUCCUGAAAACCCUUUUGGACCAGGACAAUAUUUUUUCACGAAAGCUUGCUGUCAACGUUGCGUAUCAUUCUCCUUUCUUGAAUGGCAUGGUUGACGAGUAUAAGAAAGCUUUGGGGACUCUCACAAGCCAGGACAAAUCCAAUCCCGUGGUAAUGGUAUCUUCAGUUACGACCGAAAUCGUAACAUCAGACGAGCUCAAGCAGCCUGCUUAUUGGGCAGACAACCUCGUAUCGCCCGUACGCUUUUCUGAAGCACUUCUACAGGUUCUCAAUUUGCAGUCAGUAGGCAGCAUCGUCGAGAUAGGACCGCAUUCCGCACUGCAAGCCCCAAUACGAGAAAUCAUCAAGAGCAGUAAAAAAUCAACGACAGUGGAAUAUUCAUCUACUCUUACCCGUUUUGUUUCUGCAGCUGACUCCAUGCUCGACACAGUGGGCUUGCUGUACUGUCGAGGCUACCCAGUCGACCUCGGUAAGGUCAACGGACAAUCGUCCUCAGACGCUUUACCGCCCAUUUUGAACGACCUUCCAGAAUACCCAUUUGAUCACUCAAGGUCUUUCUGGCGCGAAUCGAGAAUCAGCAAGAAUUAUCGUUUACGAAGUCAGCCUCGUAACCCAUUCCUUGGUGUUCCCGUCCCUGAUUGGAAUCCAUUGCAUGCCAUCUGGCGUCGAAAAAUUAGACUUGCCGAAAGUCAAUGGCUAGAACAUCAUAAGAUUCUUCAGAUUGUUCUUUUUCCAGCAGCCGCUAUGCUUGUCAUGGCUAUCGAAGCCGCAACGCAAAUGUCUCAAGCAAGAGGGAAAAUCGAUAUCCGUGGCUACACGAUCAAAGAUGUCGUCUUUUUGAAGUCACUAAGCUUGACGACGGAUUCUGAUGGUGUUGAGGUAGAGUUCCACCUCCGGCCGACCCGACACGCCUCGGACAAGGAUGCUAUUUGGGAAGAGUUUCAUCUCUACGUCUGUGAGCAAGACAAUUGGGCCGAGAUCUGUCGAGGAUCCAUCAGUGUUGAACACGAAGUAGAAGUCACAGAGGUGGACGAAGGGAGAGAGUCAAAACAGAGUUUGUCUGCCUUCCAACAUCUUUUGCGCCAUCGCACCGUCUCUUGUGACAUUAGUGUAGACAUGGAAAAGGCUUAUAAGGCGUUCGAUUCUGCUGGCUUAGGGUUUGGCCCCGCCUUUCAAUCUGUCGCAAAUGCAUCUUUCAGUCUGGAAGGUGAGGCAAUUGCGGACAUCAAGCUGCAUAGUUGGAAAUCAGAACAUGGCGAAUCUUAUCAGCGGCCUUACGUCGUACACCCGACAGCUUUGGAUGGUCUACUUCAGCUCCCAUAUCUCGCCAUGUCCGAAGGGGGCGGAAAGAGCAUAUCCAGCUUUGUUCCAGCCAGCAUCAAAAAGCUUUGGGUCGCGCAUGGGGGUUUGAGCAAUCCCGAAAACUCAUCAAUUAAGGCGACAAGCGUGUGUCUGUCGCGUGGUUUUCGAGAGGUUCAAUCGACCGCUGUAGCACUUGACUCAUCGGAGCAGCGGGCCCUCAUGUUUAUGGAAGGAUAUGAGAUGAUCGCAUUGGGUGCAGGAGGUCCCGCGGAGAGCGUACCGCCACCAACCCGGUGUUUCAAUAUGGAAUACAGACCAGACGUUGACUUCCUGGACCAACCAGCGUUCGAAAAAUAUACACGAGCUUCUAGCUCUCUCGUAGCACCGAAUAAGGACCUUCACAGAGAGUGGGAGCUCGCCAUGAAUCUUUGCAUUUUAUUAGGUCUUAAAGAGAUAGGAUCAGUCGAUCAGAAGGAUUUCGCGAAGCAUCAGCAGAAGUACAUCAGAUGGAUGGAACACAGAAGACGACACAUCCAACCAGACAAAUUUCGUGAGCUAAGCUUGAUGCUAGAUGAUGAAAGUGCUAUAGGGAAUCUUUUCGAUACGGUACGACAGCGCAGUUUGACUGGCAAAUUUAUUGUGGAGGUUGGAAAGAAUAUCACGAACAUUCUCUACGGCAAAGUCAAUGCCUUGAACCUAUUUUUCGGAUCCACUCUUGUCAAGGAUUAUUAUACGGAAACCAACGAGAUGACAAAGAACGUGAAAUCCUUCUUGAAAUAUCUGGAUGCGUUAGUGCACAAACGACCAGAUCUCAGAAUACUGGAAAUCGGAGCCGGAACUGGGGGAAUGACACGAGCUAUCUUGAAGACUUUGAACCAGUAUGGCGAGCACGAAUCACGGGUUCCUAGAUUCAAGCACUACACAUAUACAGAUGUGUCAUCGUCUUUUUUUAAUGCCGCUCAAGAGAUCUUUGUCGGGAUGGAGGACAGAGUUACCUUCAAGAAUCUGGAUAUUGAGAAGGAUCCCACGGCACAAGGGUUUGAGGAAGGGAGCUACGACCUGAUUAUUGCGGAUAACGUUAUCCAUGCAACCAGGAGCCUCGAUGAAUCGAUGGCAAAUGUGCGAAAGCUCCUCACAGUAGGAGGAAAGUUGAUGCUGGUUGAGGCAAUGAACCCAGAGGCGUUGAAGAGCGGGUUUGCUUUUGGUCUAUUGCCAGGCUGGUGGCGAGCGAUCGAUAAUUACCGUGACUUGAGCGCGUUAGUUACGCCGGACGUCUGGAAUAAAAUAUUCCUAAAAGUCGGGUUUUCUGGCUUAGAUGUGAACGUACCAGACUAUGUCGACGAGGAAUUCCAUGAGUUCAGUGCCCUCAUCACAACAGCCUUGGGCUCGUCACCCAAAGUUACCACUCAAACAGCUGCUGUCAGUGGUCGAAUUAUUAUCGACGCAACUUCUUCCGUUCAACUAAAUAUCGCCCAAGACUUGCAAAAGAGGCUUGAGGAUUCCGGCUUCUCAUCUACCGAGAUCUCAUCACUAAAAGAUGCCUCAUCGACUGGUAAAACUGCAAGCUCUUUCUGUUUCGUUCUCAAUGAACUUGACCGUCCAGUUCUUUGCGACAUCAACUCUGGAAUUUUCUUGUCGAUUCGCGAACUCCUCACAAGCGUCGAAAAUGUCAUUUGGGUCACUGGUGGGGGCGGCGAGUUUAUAGGAUCACCGGACUUUUAUACUAUCAACGGGCUUGCCAGAACUGUUCGUCAGGAGAGGCCUAAGAUGAAACUUGUCACACUUGCGCUGGAGACUAAACAAAACAACCCUUCGACCUAUGUCGAAUCGAUUAUGCAGGUCUAUGGAAACACAGCUAACGCAUCUCCUGAUGAUUGUGAGGCCGAGUACGUAACGCUUGAUGGGAUAUUGGGUAUUGGAAGAUUCGUUGAAGCGGAGUAUCUUAACAAGGAGAUCCCGUCUCGAAUGUUAACUCGACAACGUCAGCCGAAAACAUUCAGCGGUGAUGUACCUGUUAAGCUGAGCAUUGGCUCUCCUGGAUUGCUAGAUACUCUAGAGUUCAUCGAAGACAAAGAGGCAAUUACAGCACUGAGUGCUGACGAAGUCGAGAUUAAGAUUCAUGCUAGCGGUGUGAACUUUCGAGAUUGUUUGAUUGCUCUUGGACGACUCCAAGGCGACUUUUUUGGUUUUGAAUGUGCAGGAACAGUUCAUCGCGUUGGAUCAGAUUGCACAGAGUUCAAAGCCGGGGACAGGGUCUGUGCAAAUGUUCUGGGUACUUACCAAACAUUUGGUCGAUGUAAAUUGGUCCAAGUCAUGCGUCUGCCAGAUCAUUUGAGUUUCACUGAGGGUGCUGCUUUGCCAACCGUCUUCACAACAGCUUAUUAUGCGCUCUGUCAUGUGGCUAGGAUUAGGGAGGGUGAGUCCGUCCUGAUUCAUUCUGCCGCUGGUGGCACAGGACAAGCAGCCAUUCAACUUGCUCAACUGUACAAAGCGGAGGUAUUUGUUACCGUUGGAUCAGAAGAAAAGAGCCAGCUCCUUCAAGACCUUUAUCACAUUCCUAAGGAUCACAUAUUCUACAGCCGAAAUCAGUCCUUCGCUGAAGGGAUUAAGAGAAUGACUGAAAAGAAUGGAGGCGUUGAUAUUGUUCUCAACUCCCUCGGCGGAGAUUCUCUUAUCAGCACGUGGCAGUGCAUGGCUCCCUUUGGGCGAUUUCUUGAAAUCGGCAAAAGAGAUAUCCUUGAGAACAGGUCCUUGCCGAUGUUUCCAUUUGCCAAGAACGUCUCGUUCCAUGCUAUCGAUCUCAAAGAUGUCCAAAAGUAUAAGCCCGCCUUAUGCCAAGAACUGAAGGAGGCUAUAGUCUCGUUGUUGUUCGAAGGAAAAAUCCAACCGUCCAGACCACUUCAUAUUUACGGUAUUUCUGAGGUCGAAGAUGCAUUCCGAUAUCUCCAAGGAGGGAAGAAUACAGGUAAGACAGUUGUAGAGAUGCGGCCUGACGACAUGGUUCCAACUCUCCUGGAUAUCAAACCUGCUUGGACUUUUGAAGAGCAUCUCACUUAUCUGAUAGCAGGAGGGCUGGGAGGUAUUGGCCGCAGUAUUGCUAGAUGGUUGGUAAAGCGAGGCGCAAAACAUCUUAUUCUCCUCUCGAGACUUGGUCCUCGCACUGAUGCCGCACACUCUCUACUUCAGGAGCUCAAGGAGCAAGGAGUGUCCGUCGAGGUGCCUGCGGUAGACAUUGCCAAUCACGAGUUACUUAAAACUACGAUCGAAGAUUUGCAGAAGACAAUGCCGCCCAUCAAAGGCUGCGUCCAGUCUUCCAUGGUCCUAGCCGACUGUCCCUUCGAAACAAUGUCCCAUCAGAACUGGUCAGCAGCAGUAGCACCAAAAGUGCAAGGCUCCCACAAUCUCCAUGAAAUCCUACCACGUGGUAUGGAUUUCUUCAUCAUGUUGUCAUCCAUAGCCGGCGCCGUUGGGUCAACCACACAAUCCAAUUACGCCGCAGGAUGUUCCUAUCAAGAUGCGCUCGCCCGCCACCGCGUAGACAUCGGCGAGAAAGCCACAACAUUCAACCUCGGCGUGAUGGUCGACGACGGUGUAUUGACCGAAAACUCCAGACUUUUAGGCAUCCUAAAACGAACAGGCUACCUCAUCAGCAUAACCCAACCCGAACUCUACGCUCUCCUAGAACACCACUGCGACCCCUCCCUCCCCCUAUCAACCCCCCUCAAAACCCAAAUCGUCGUAGGCAUCGACGUACCCGCCUCCCUCAAAGCCCACGCAGUCCACCCCCCAACCUUCAUGCGCCGUCCCGCCUUCCGCCAUUUCUACAACAUGACGGCGAUCCGGGGUAUCAAAGAUGGCUCUUCCCAACCCGACACCGACGACUCCGCGGGCCCUUCAAUCAUCAAGACCCUACAAUCCAUCACCUCCCUCGACGAGGCCGCAGACCUCAUCUCCGCCGCCCUUAUGGCGAAACUAAGUAAAGCCCUCGCGCUGCCCCUUGAGAACCUGGAUUCCAGCAAGCCGAUGCAUGCGUAUGGCGUGGACUCGCUCGUCGCGGUGGAGUUGCGGAAUUGGUUCUCGCAGGCUGUGGAUGCUGAUGUGCCGAUUUUUGAGAUUUUGGGGGAUACGAGUUUCAAGGAACUAGGAGCGAUGGUUGCGGGGAAGAGUCGGGUUGUGCAGGGGGUUUUGGGGAAGAUUGAGGGGGUGGAGUAG